AUGAAAAUGGAGACGAGUAGCAGUACGAGUGCAACCGUUCUGCUCUGCGGAUUGGAGCAUCCUGAACAAGGUGAGAGCACACAAGGUGAAAGCAUUUCCACGUCUUCGUCUCGUAUGGCUCCUGUGCUGAUUAUAUUUGAUAGCUUUAAGUAACAAUUUUUUAGAGGCUUACUUUAGUUAGAUUUUUCCACUCUCAGAUCUCGUCUCUACGGUCAUCAGGAGAGUUGGCAACAGGGGUAUACGCAUUGCAUCUCCUCACUUGUUUCUAGAGGUGUGUAAAAGCACUAACAUCAAACUACAAGUACAACCUACCACUUUCUCGCUUCAAAACACAUUCUCAUCGCAUCGAGGAGUAACGCAGUAGAACUAGAGAGUAAAACGCAGUAGAACUAGAGAGUAGAACGCAGUAGAACUAGAGAGUAGAACGCAGUAGAACUAGAGAGUAGAACGCAGUAGAACUAGGAGAUCGGUGAAGAAAGGUAGAAAUCUUCUGGUCCCAAGCCCAGACUUUUACUUUUUGGUAUUUUCAACUAGUAUUCAUCGAUGUGCUGUAAGUCCCUUGGAGGGACCAUUCUCUUCCAGUGCUCUGAGUCCCUUCCAUCUCUGCUAGACUGUGUCGUGGCACUAGAGAUAAAGCAUAUUCGCAACUUCUAGUAAGAUGUGAAGUAGUCUAAUAUCCCCGACGAGGUAGAAAUCGGCUCUGCGCCGGACGCUUUCCGUAUCUACUGGGAGAAGUGCUUAGACAGUUACGGUCUUCCUUCCUUUUGUUGCGGCCUAUCGAAAGCGGCCUUUUCUUGAUCUUGUUCUUUUUAUAAGGUUGAGGCUUAGGUCCAGCGGCGCUCAAAGCACUAAUUAAAGCAGCCGGUUGGUUUUACCUCUAGAGACUUAGCCCUUCCAACAAUAGUUAGUAGUUAAUUUUGGUAUUUUUUUGAUAAUAGAUUAAUGGUAAAGAUUAAACAGAACACCUGCUCAGUUUACUGAUCAGGGCAACUCCUGCUCACCAUGACCACAGAGCACCCUCUCACUAGCCUCCACACUUCUUCCACGUAGCUGUUGUGACUGGGAGCACCUCCAUUGGUUAGGAUGUUAGGACGCGCUCUAAGGCAUUGGCUCCGGACCAAAGAAGGACUUGAACUCCGCUGACCCGACCGAGACUGAGACUAAGGCUUUGACUUCAAUGUUUCACAGACAAAAAUUGCUACACAAGAGGUGCCACUAUGUGACAUGUUUCAAGAAGAUUUGAUAUUAGUCGAGCGUAGAGGUGCGGCAGUCGCAGCUGCGGGGAGGGCGGUGCCCUCUCGGCGUUCUCGGACUACAAAAAAAGGCGUCCUUCGGAGGCAACGGAUUGAUUGACUGCUUGACUAUUCUCCUCUAAAAUACGGAGGAUAAGCAUUUUGCAGAAGGUACACAGACGGGCCAAACAGGCGAUGCGAUCCGCAGGUGGAAAAACAGAACUUAUGUGA